AAAUCGCGAUUUACGGAACCGAUUUUUAUGCUUAAAUUUUGGUUCUCGUUUUUUUAACUCUUUUUUAGGCAGCGUGAGGCAGACGUAGUUUUGUGAAGUUUCUUUUUAGAAAAAUAUAUACACAUAGAUACUUUUUGGAAAGAAGAAAAGCUAAUCUUGCUUUUUUAAAUACUUUUAUAUAUGGUUACUAAACUUUUUUAUAGAAUAUUUUGCUCCUGAAUAUUAGGUUGAUGUUCUCUCAUAAUUUUGUGGUCGAAGAAAUGUAGAGUCCGCUUUUUUUAUUAUUAAAAUAGUUUGUUUCAUGCCUUUUUUAUGCACAUGCCAAAUUUCAACGAAAAAUAAUUAUAAGCAAAUAGUUUAAUUAGUGUUAUACCAAGUAUACCACUUUUUUUAGGUAGCCCUAGGCAAAUGGUUUUUUGAGGUGGUUCCAUUUAGAAACAUAUAUAAACUUUGACAAAUUUUGAAAAAAAGAAAGGUCAGGCUUGAUUUUUAUAUAACUAUUAUGUAUCGCUUCCAUACUUUUUUAUGGAGUAUUUUGCUGAGAAUUUUGCAUGAAAAUUUGGUUGGUGUUGUCACAUGGAUUUGUAGUCGAAGAAAUGUAGAGUCCGCUUUUUUUAUUAUCAAAAUAGUUUGUUUCAUGCCUUUUCUAUGCACAUGCCAAAUUUCAACGAAAAAUAAUUAUAAGCAAAUAGUUUAAUUAGUGUUGGACGUUAGGUACCUAAUUUCGGUUUUUCUGUUGUUUUUUUUUUUGGUAAGCGAAAUCCGGGUGUCACCGAAACCGGAUAAGGGGGCGAUUCAAAAAAAAAUCUUUUUUUGAAUUAUUUUGAUUUAUAUUAUUAGAUUUAAUUAGAAAUGGAAAAAAUUAACAAAACUGUUUUAGAUGCCCUAACAGAUAAUCCAACCAGGCUUUUUGUUGACUUUUUAAGAUUUCUCGAAUCUACACAGCCUACCACUGUUACAUCUUCGUCUUCAACGAAUGUUCCUUCUACUUCUGCUAUAAGUGUUACAUCUUCAGCGGCUAUUAUAAGUAGUAAGUUUAAAAACUAUUAUUUGCAAUGUAUACACCUCUACCUCUGUACAUGUAUACACCUCUCUUUAUCAAUUGCAAAUUAUUAUAACACUUUUUUUUCAUCUUUAGUUCCAUGUGCACAACUUUCUACUGGUAAAUUUAUGAUUUAGAAAUGUUUCUGAAUGGUUAUUGAAUUUAUGUUCCUAUUUAUAUACACUUUAAUUCAUUAGUAUUGUGUUAUCCCUCAAAGUGUGGUAUAAUGAAAUUAUUACUCUCAUUAACAUUUUUUUAAGCUAUCAUUGAUUAUAUAUGUUGUUCAUAUUAUUUAUUCAUCCUAUCACUUUCACUAAUCAUUGUUUUAUAUUACAUUUUAAAGCAGAACAGCUUUAAUGAUUGUUACAUCUGUAACUUACUGUUGAGAAUUUCAAAUUAUUUUGUAUACAAUUUUUUUUUAACUAUUUUUUGUUGAAUCUACACAGACAAUCACUGGUAAGUUUGUAUGUGUUAAUGAUUAUAGAGAUAAUUAUCUAGUACUUUUUAAUCUGUGGAUAGAUUUCAAAGAUUACCAAUUUCAAAGUCAGUAUUUAAUUUUUUAAUUUUUUAUUACAAAUUUUGAAUUUUUGGUUAUAUCUUCGCCUUCAAGGAAUGGUAAGUUUAACAAUUAUUACUUUUUAAUGUGUAUAUAUUUUCGAUGACUGCAAUAUGUAUUUUUUAUAAAUAGUUUUUAACUUUAGUCCCUUCUACAUCUGCUACAAGUGGUAUGUUUGGUUUAUGUAUGAAUGAUUUAUUUAGUUUCCUUCUUGGAAUUUUAAACAAUAUCAUUUACUAAAAGCCAAGACUUAAAUUUAUUGUAUUUUGUAUUUUGAAACUUUUUAAAAUACAAGUUUUAAAAUUAGUUUUAUCUUCAGCCUAUUUUUAGGGUGGAUACUCCAACUUGCAUUUUGUAAUGUGGUUCAAAUAUUUAUAAGAAUGUAGCAUUUCACUACGAGGAUGUUAAAACGUAACGAAGACAUCCACCCUUCAAUCUAAAAUAGACCACUAAUAUUUGGAAAUGAAGUGGAAGCAAAUUAGAACAAUUUUUUGUGUAUAAAGAUGACAUAUUUUAUCAGAAAAACACUCUUUCGUGUAAAAAACUUGUAUUUUUCUAAGGGUACGAGGGUGUUCCGUACCCCCUCCGGUCCUCUAGACACAUCUUUUAUCUAUAGAGUUAUAUAAACUUGUAGCCUACUUUUUCAUCUAUCUUUUGAUACCAAGAUAUAGACAUUUGGAUGAGAUUUGACAAAGUUAUAACAAUUUUAGUGAGAAAAAAAAUAAUUUUGGAACCAGUUUCUUCAAUAAAUCCAUAUAUCGGAAAUUUGCUACUAAAAACGCUAUAACUUUUUAUAGAAUUGUCCGAUUUUCAUAAUUUUUUCACCUUUAAAAUACUGUAUUUAAGGGCUUUCUAAUGAUGUAUAAUAUUCUAGUAUUUAAUUAAUUUAAAAAAAUCA